AUGGUCACGUUUAACGACGCGACGCCUUUGUUCUUAAUACUGUUAGUUGCCGAACGCAGCGCCUCAAUUACCAAUGGAAAUAUUGAAUUCGGGUUUUAUCCGGCGAGGAUUCCGACACCACAGGAACCUGAACAAGAAAAGCCCGUUGUUGCCGGUUGGGAGAAACCGGAGGAGCCGGGAACAGUUCGUGGUAGGGACGAUGAAAAGUUCACGCCAGGGAAGUUGGGAAAAGGCGCAACUCAACGGGAAAGGUUGAUUGAAAUGCUUUUUAUGAAUUACAAAACCCACGAGCGACCAACAGAGCAGCUUGACACAGUAACAAUUGUCAAGGUGAACCUACAAAUACAAGCCAUCUUCUCCAUUGAAGUGCAGACAAUGGACUAUUAUAUGGACACGCUUCUCAGACAGACCUGGACAGAUCCCCGUCUCAGAUGGAAUCAUCUGCCCGAUUACAAAAACUUCACUCAACCCCUGGUCUCCCCAAUGCUUAAAUCGCAGUUAUGGCUACCUGACCUGUUCUUUCGAAAUGGCAAAGAUGGCUACCUGCAUAAAAUAACUCUUCCUAAUGACUUGCUACGCCUCUACCCAAACGGUGAUUUGCUCUACAGUCAGAAAAUCACCAUGCGUUUCUCCUGUGAGAUGGAUCUGCACACAUUCCCUAUGGACACCCAGUACUGUCACAUGAAUAUUGGCAGUUACGGCUACACGCUUGACGAAUUAAAGUUUGUUUGGAGAGAAACGCUGCCUGUAGAAUUGCCAAAAAAGAUGGAGGUGCCGGAGUUCAACACUCCCACCAAUUUCACCCUUCUCGACUGCUCAGCUGGGGCGUCAACCUCAACCGGCAACUACUCCUGUCUACUGGCACGUUUCAUGCUCAAACGACAGAUCAGUUCGUAUCUGGUGAACACCUACAUUCCAAACAUCCUCGUCAUCAUUGUCUCCUGGCUAAGCUUCUACGUGAGUGUAGACGCCGCGCCAGCCCGUGUACCCCUGGGACUGAUGAGUCUUCUGGGCUUGCUGACACAGGCGGCCUCCGUGACAGCCAAUCUUCCCCGGGUGUCUUACAUUAAGGCCAUAGACAUCUGGCUCAUCUUUGCAAUUGCAUUCGUCAUAGGCGUACUGGUGGAGUACGCCUUCGCGAUCACCCUACUGCGACACAAGAGACGGGAGAAUUGGCGUCGGGAUGUGGAGAAGAUUGUGAAGGAGGAGUUGGCACUGUGGUGCGCCGCUUUACAGCGGGCAGAACUCGCAAGCCUGGACAUGGGAACGGGGACUGGGCUGCCCAAUGGGUUCGCUCUUAACCGCAGAAUGACCUUCUUUGGGGAUCUGGACCCGGUACUGCAACAGACGGUGGCUGACUGCACACAUAGGCGAGAGAUAACGCAAAAAGCAAAAAUGAUUGAAGUUAUGGAUUGCAAACUUGAUAAGUACAGUCGUGUACUGUUUCCGCUCUGCUUCAUAAUUUACAACACCUUCUAUUGGGUCUACUAUCUUGUUAUAGUAAAGCAGGAUGAAGAGUUGAUGUCUUGA